UAUCCGAAUCUAGAAGUAAUUUCGGAUAUUUUCAGGUAGAAGCAUGAAUUGAUUGAAUUGUCGUCAAUACACAGUCGAUGUCUACCUAACUUCAAGGUUUAUUUACAAAAUGGCACAAUACGUUGAAGAAAAUGGUUUGUAAUGGCAGCUGAAAAGCAUCUUUUUAAGAAUGUACUCAGACCUGAAAGUUCACCAGUGGUGUUCAGUAAUUUUAUCACCACGUGGCCUGCAAGAAAAUGGAGUGUCAAGUACUUGGCAGAUAUCUUGGGGAAUUCACAACUUCAGUGUAAAAUUGCUCCACUAGACUUUACUGACCUGAAGUGGGAAAAUGAGUGCGCUCAUUUAAGAAUAACGCUUCAUCAGUACAUGGAAUGGCUGAAUGAUUCCACCUCUGCUAACAAUCCUCUGAGAAUGAUAUUGCACGAGAAGUUUUCCUGCUACAUAGAUUACAAGUAUAUGAGUGAAGUUUUCAGCCAUCAUUCAGAUAUGUUGAAGGGUGUAGACUGGUCUGUGUUUGGUCUGGAAGAUCGAGAUGGGGCAGAUAGCACUCUGUGGAUCGGAUCGGCUGGUGUGUACACGCCGUGUCAUCAGGACACGUAUGGCUUCAAUCUUGUGGCCCAGAUUGCCGGAAGAAAGCGCUGGUUUUUGUUCCCACCCAGCCAGACAGGUUGUUUGUACCCUACCAGAGUGCCGUAUGAGGAAUCAAGCGUGUUCAGUGAAGUCAACAUAGUCUGCCCAGACUUGCAUCAACAUCAUCUAUUUAAGAACAGCACUCCCUACGUUGUUGAUCUUGAAGCUGGCCAGGUCCUAUACGUGCCCACACACUGGUGGCAUUUUGUUGAGAGCCGUGAGGACUCCAUCAGCAUUAACACAUGGGUGCCAGUGGAGAGUGAUAUAAGAAGUCGCAUGGAGGAGUCAGUGUGUCGUUUGCUGUUUAAUGGAUUGUCCAGGUCCCUCCUGUCCCAGAGUGAUCAGAUGGCCUCACUCAACUCAGGGGAGGUGAUAGAGGAACUUGAAACCGAUAUGAACUACUUGAAUAGCUCAUUUAAACAAUACAAGGAAUCCUGUAGCAGUGGAGGGGCAGCCAAUAACCUGCACACGUUUUUAAGACACUUCAAGGACAAAGAAGUCACCUGUCAGAGUGAAGUAACAAUGACUUCAAAUUUUCAUAGACUGAUAACACAGAAGAGGCCCUAUUCAGAACAUGAUUCUGAUGCUAGCGUUCUUGCUAAGAAGGUCUGCACAUCCAGCAAAGAUCAUAAUUUAAUUCCUGACUGUACUAGCAUGAAUCAAAAACAAGUGUUUAGAAAAUGUUCUGUUGACAAAACCUCUUUGUGUGUUGAACCAGAGGGCAAACUUUUGCCAGGGAAAGCAUCUAAUAAUUUAAUAGACAUUGAGCACAAAGCAUGUUGUAGUUAUCAAGAGAUUGUUGCUCUGGCACCGAUGACGUUUGAACAGUUCCAGUCAUUUUUAUCUGAAGAAUACGGAUAUCUGGAUGGGGAUGAUGACGAAUCUUCUGAAAAUAGCACUGAUAUGACAGAGGAGACUAAUCAGCAAACUGAACACAUAGACAGUAUCCCAGAGCAUGUAACCCACCGCACGUCGGCUGAAGGUAUGGUCAACAGUGAGGAUUCAACCUGCCCCAUCUCGAAUUGCCAGUCUGGACAUGUGGCCCACCUCAAUGCUGUGGAUGUUAUUAAAGUAGUUCUGCACCCGGAUGUUAUUGCCAAAAUGUGUGAUGUCAUUAGAGAUGCUGUGAAAUAAAUGUAAAUUAAAAUUU